GGCAGCACUUCCGGGGUGGGGUCAGCGGCGGGAGAUGGCGCCGGGCGAGGCGCAGCCCGGACUGGGGGCUGUUCCGCGGGGUGGUGCUGGGCCUCAGGCGGCCGCCGCUAGAAAGCAACGCGCCUCCGCCCGGAAAAAGGCGUUCUCCCUGUUUGUCAAGGCGAAAGAGGUGCCGGCCGCCUGUCCGGGUGGCGGAGCGGCCGUGUGGUGGAGGUGCUGCCGGCAGACGUUUCGCGAGCGCCGCGGCAUCCACCGGCACGUAGGUACGCAGCAUGGCGGGGACAUCGAACGGCAGGCGACCGGGCCCGGGACCGCCGGCAGGGCGGUGUCCGCUGAGCGGGUGGGAGGACGGGAUUGCGGAGAGCUCUGCGAGGCGCUGCCCGACACCAGCGGCCUCCACCGUGAGGAGCUGACCAGCAAGGUGGGAGAAGUACUUCUGUAUUACUGCUACUGUGAGGUGAAGGAUCCAGAGAAACUCUGUGCUUGGCAAAAGGCUCUCUGCCAGCAUCUGCAUCUCACUGGCAAGGUACGAGUUGCUUCAGAAGGAAUUAAUGGAACAGUUGGUGGAAGCAAAGUAGCUACCAAUCUCUACAUUGAAGUUAUGCUUGCUCAGCCUGUCUUCAAAGACAUUUUGUGUCGAGAUGAUUUCAAGAGUAGUGCAGGAGGAGCUCACUGUUUCCCAGAUCUUCGAGUUGGAGUAUUCAAAGAAAUUGUACCACUGGGCAUUGAUCCUAAAGAAGUCUCUUACAAAGAAACUGGAAUCCAUUUAACCCCUCAGGAAUUUCACAGAGAAGUAGAACAUUAUCUGUCUCAGUCCAGUCAAGGACAAAGUGAUACCAUCUUGCUGGAUUGUAGGAACUUCUAUGAAAGUAAAAUAGGACACUUCCAGGGCUGUCUAGCUCCAGAUAUCAGGAAGUUCAGCUAUUUUCCCAGCUACAUUGAUGAAAACCUGAAGCUGUUCAAAAACAAGCGUGUCCUGAUGUACUGCACAGGAGGCAUUCGUUGUGAAAGAGGCUCUGCUUACCUGCGGAGCAAGGCAGUGUGCAAAGAGGUCUACCAGCUAAAAGGUGGAAUUCAUAAGUACUUGGAGGAAUUUCCAGAUGGCUUCUACAGGGGAAAGUUGUUUGUAUUUGAUGAUCGUUAUGCCAUUUGUUCCAAUGAAGAUGUCAUCUCAGCAUGCAGAUACUGUGGGACGCUGUGGGACCAGUAUAAACUCUGUUCCAGCCAGCACUGCCGGCAGCUUGUCCUGACGUGUCUGAGUUGUCGCCAGAAAGGUCUCACAGCUUGCUGUCCUCUUUGUCAAGAGAAAGAGCUUCAGGCGACCUCAGGGGCUCCAGGACAGGCACUAAAGGAGGAAUGUGAAUGUACAAAGAGGCGGCCAAGGGUACCCAUUGAACAUAUCUCUCAAGGGACACGGGGCACAGGAGAAGAUUAAGCUGUUUCAUUAGCCGAUCUGACACUCAUGCUUAUUUGAAGGGCUUCUAAAACCAAAUCUAUCUGUUACUCAACUGGAUUACUAAGAAAUCACAAGUCUUUUAGCUUGGAAAGUCUUGUUUAUAACUCACUUUAAUAUCCUGAAAAAAAGUGCUUUACUUGAACAUAUACACCGGAGUGUACAAUCUAUUACUAGUGCUGCUGGAUUCCUCUCCCUGCCUAGUCUUGUAGCCAGGCCUCUACCAUGGGGAUUUUUCAGCAGAGGUUGUGUGAUGGGACACAGCUGCUCACAAUUUGAAACAAACUGAAGGGACAAAAAAAAAAAAUCCACUGUUCUUCUUCCAUGAUGGUGGAUCUUUCUGACCUCUCCAUUAAUUAUGUAUUUGCUGUAAUAGACAGUGCAAGCAUUAUGAAGACUGCAGAUUUAUGAGUAUCUGGCUAAAUCACCAGAUUAGAGUUGAUGGUAUUUUCCACAUACAUACCCAUCUGCACCUACCUCUUGCUUUACAGUAGUGAGAAGCAAAGGGUAGUGACAUGAAGUCACAGAUUUAAUCCAGCAUAAAAGCUUGAAAGCAGAGUAAGGAUCCCUGUCACAACUGCAGCAAAGGCAGAGGACAUGCAUUGCACAUAGGUACUGUCUGCCCAGCUGUACUUGCUUAUGAAGUGUGGUAUGGCCAGCAGAAGUGAUUCUCAUUUUGAUGCUUUUGUCUGCUGUUUAAUCCCUUUGCUUGUGAGUAAGUGGAAUAUCCACGACUCAGCUCUGCUUGCACUAGAAAGAAAUGACAGCUUUAAGCAUGUUGCUACUGAGACACAAAGAGAGGGGAGGACAGAGACUGUCAUAAUACCGGUUAUGGCAGUGGAAGUGGUGGUGAUGUGUGUGUGUAAAUGUCUGAAAAAGCAAUAAGAUUGUUACCCACGUUAAACAACUCAAGAUGUUGGGAGCAUUUGUGCUUUGCAAAUACAGGUGGAGACAGAACAAGGUUUUGUGUUGAAGUCCCUUCAACCUUUCCUUGUCUUUCUUGUGCUGGUGACCACGGGCCUGGAUGCAUUACUCCAGAUGGGGCCUCAUGAGGGCAGAAGGGAACAGUAACCUCCCUUGCUCUACUGGCCACCUCUCUUUUGAUGCAGCCAAGGAAACAGUUGGUUUCCUGUGCUGGGUUGGAAUUAGCUCAUCUUUGAGGUCCCUUCCAACCCAGGCUGUUCUAUGAUCCUCAUGGCCCACUCUGCCUCCAGGUUUAGCCUCUUUAAUGAGCUCUCCUGCAUCAGUGAGGACCAGAUCCAGAAAUACUUCACCCACUGCUGGUCUGUGUAAUAUCUGGACCAGGAAGUUAUGCUGAGUACACUCUAGGAUUGUGGAUUGCUUACAACCUGCUGCCUUGUUUUCCCAGCAGACAUCCAGGCGGCAGUUGAGGUGCCCCAACUGGAUGAGAUACUUCAAACACAAUGCUUCUUGUAGACGAUGUGAGAAGGCCUCAUCAAGAGGCUUCCCUUGAUCAGGAGCCUGUAGAAGACACCAACCACCAGAUGCCCUUUAUUGUUCUGGUCUUAAAUUUUAACCCCACAAGCUCUCAACUUGUCCAUGGUUGUUUUUCAGAGGCAGCUCUUUGCCAUCUAUCCAUUUC